ACGUGGACUAACCGCCCAGGUCAGUUAUCAACACAUCCAGUGCAUCUCCAGUCGCUGAGCGGGGAGGUUGUGCGCGUCGCGCUCUCGUUCUUGUGACUCGCCUUGCUGUUUUGAACGCAUUUUACCGCGUUUGGGGUCAUUAUUCCCAGUGAUUUGUUGACCGUGUGGGUAAAAUUAGUUGUUGAAAGUGUCUGUGUCAUAGAGAGUUGGAUACUUGGGAAUUAUUGGAAAAUAUACAAGCUUAGCUGUUCGUGUGAAAUGCAUUGGAGGUCAUUCGUGUACAGCAUCUCUGAAGACCCUAAUUCGUAAUUAUCUGUCGUAUUAAUGCCUCGAAUCUGCGUAAUCUGACGUAUGAGGUCACAGAACACACAUAUCACUUACACAUAUAUACGGAGACACAAGUUAAAAAGACCUUGUUAAAAAGCUAAUUCAAUUCUGAGUUGAUUAGACCUUUCGUGUGACUAAUUGAAGUUGAUUUAAUUAAAUUGUGCAAUUAAGUGAUAGACUACUGGUGAUUUAUUAAUUUAGAAAAGUCAUAUACCUUGAUUUCCAUUAAAACAUUUUAGAAAAAAAACCUGAAAAUCAAAAAAUAUAUUAAAAACUAAAGCAAAAUACACCAAAAAAAAACUCUGAACUUAAAAUUAAAAUAAAUUUGAUAAUUAAACCAUCAUCCAGCCCCCCCCCUAAACCAGGACUCCCCCCCCCUUCCUAACUACCAUCGCUUGUAAUUUAAGAUGAGUAACGUGUGUGUCAGCGGCAGGUGAGGCACCUCAGGAAGGCAGCGGCAGGAUGGCAGUCCGGAUGGCACUUCUCCUGGUGGCACUCCUCACGCCGGCAACCUUCUCCCUGGCAACGGGCAUCAAAGACGCGCCAAGACGGACGACUCAACGCGACUCAGAACUGAAGACGGUGAGGGCGGGGGAGGACGUCCGGCUCUUCUGUCCCAUCGACGGCACGCCCACGCCCAUCUACGAGUGGCUGAAGGGCGACGAGGUGAUCCCGGAGGAGGGCUGGGAGCGGAUGAGGCUACAAGGGAGGACUCUCAAGAUUAAGGAAGUGACGGUGACGGAUCAAGGCUUCUAUAUCUGCUCCGCUGUCAAUGGCUUCGGCAAGGAGACGUUCACCAUCUCUCUCAAUGUUGUUGAUCCCUUGGCAGGACCUGGGUCUUCUUCAUCAGCUGUGGGGCCCGGCGGAUUGGCGCCAGAAUUCACUCAGCUCUUGCCCCCGGUGCCUGGCAAGAUCGACAAGCCAGUGGGCCACAAUGUCAAGCUCAAGUGUCAAGUGACUGGAGUGCCAGAGCCGACUGUCACUUGGUUCAAGGACGGUGUGGAGCUCCGGGAGGGAUCUCUCGGAGGAGAGUCGCGUCUGACCCGUCACUACCUGCACCUGCUGGAGCUGAGGCCCGCCGACGCUGGCACCUACACCUGCGCCGCCGCUAAUCAGUUCGGCGCCGCAGCCGCCAACUGGACGCUCAGGGUCAUAGACCAAGCUCGGCCCAGGGAGCCAGAGUUCAACCCUAUGGAUCCAGCGAACACCACCAUCAUUCUAGGGGGCUCAGCCACUCUCCAGUGCAGUGGCAAUUCUGAAGUUACUCCACACAUUAAAUGGCUUCGUCGGCUCGAAGACGGAUCAAGCUUAGCUGAACACAUCCCAGACAAUGAGACACUAAACUGGAAGGGACACCGUUAUGUUGUUCUUCAAGCCACCCAGGUCCUUACCCCAGGUGAUGGAUCAUUCUACACAAAGCUGGUGAUUCCACGUGUGACAGCACAGGACACAGGUGUUUACGUAUGCACAGCUACAAACAACUUUGGAUUAGCUUACAGACAAGCACUUUUGUCUGUGCUUGAUGAGUCUUCAGAUGGUAACACUUUAAUGCUAGUGGUUGGAGUGGCCUCUGCAGCUUGUGUCAUUUUAGUAGUUGUAGCUGCCGUGAUGGUACGUAGGGUGCAGACUACUAAACCACCUCCACCGCCGGGGCCUAAUGAGAGUGCCUUAUUGCCUCCACCACCUAUGAGUCAGGGCAAGAUGCAGCCUCCACCGUCGCAUCAUCCACGUUACGUUCCUGGCAUGCACAACACCCAGCAAGGGGCACCACACGGUCAUGCUGUAGGUCCCGAGGGCCCUUUGCUGCAGUAUGCAGGUGGUGUGGUCCACAUACCACCACAGUCAGCCAUGGCAGGAGGUGGCCAAGUAGCUCAACCCAUUAUAGUAUAUCAGGACCCGGCCACAGCUGCCUCCGUUUACAUUGCACAGCGUCCACCAGCACCUGCAACAUCUACAGGAAGACCGGAGUACCAGUACCAACACUUGGACGUUAUAUGAUCUCGGGACAGACUAGUUUAGCGGAGACGUAAUGUCUCGGAGAUGGCCCGUGUGUUGGAUUACGUGCUCAUUUGCAACUACUCUGAAUAUUCAGUGUCAGUGGGUUUGCUUUGUUACUGCAAAUUGAACACUGGUAAAUAAUGCACUGAACCAUUAGGAAAUGAAUUAUAGUACAGUAUUUAUAUUUUGAACACAUUAACAAGAAUCUGUGAUAAAGAUGAAAGUUACAAAUUGAUAGAGUAUAUGUUCGGUGACUUUUGUCACGUCCUUUAGAUAUUUGUGCAGCUUUUAUGAUGCAGCUGAAAGCAGCCAAAAAAAAAUUGUUUGCAGUUAUCAUAGCAAAAAGAUAUCACUCUCUAGUCUAUCAUAAAGCAGUUAUGGUUUCCAAGACAUGGAAAGUUUGGUUUCCAAGACAUUUUCAUGCAUGGUGCCUUCAUGGCCUGUAACUACUAAAGAGUUUUUAAAUCAUAUUUUUAGUUUUGUUUGGCCAGCAUGAAGUGUAAUUAGUUGAAACACUGUCAUAUUUAUGACUGCAGCAAUCAUGACUUAACCGGUUUUGAGUUUGUAAAAUCCUAAUUGAAGAUAAUUACUGAAAUUAGUAACAAUGUAUUAUAGCAGAAUCAUAUCCCUUUAUAUUGAUGAAAUCUAGUCACAAAACCAUAUUAUCAGUGGUUGUCAAAUUUCUAUAUAUAUAUAUAUAUAUAUGUAUAGUAUUCCAUAGAGAUAGAAUUAUAUUAUGUAUCAUUUGAUUCCAUGUAUGAGGAUGUUUUUAUCCUUCAGAGGAAUCCUUAUAUGCCAUGACAUUAUCAAGAAAAUUGUGUAAUAAAUUAAGCAUACAUCCUCAGACGGUAUUUUUGAUAUGUGCCAAAGGAAGUAGCUCAGUAUAUUUUAAAUUAAAAUCUCUGAAUUGUGUAAAAAUAGGUUAUCUGAUAUUAAUUUAUUGGUGAAUUAUGUUAUUAUUGGUGUUGUACAUUGAAGAAAAACACACAGGGAAUGGUAGGUGAGGGAGCUGUGUAAAUAUUGUCUUGUAAAUAAUUAAUGGGGUUUGAAUAUAAAUUAUGAGAAAUGUAAUACGUAGAGUAUUUGCAUGCAAAUAAGGCCACACUUUUCAGUACCGAUGGGGUUAUAUUUUGUCGAGUUGUGCAUAUUCUUUAAUUUAAACUAACAUACUUUGUUUAUAUAUUAGUUCAUUCCCUAUUACUAUCUCAAGAACCUCUAAACGAAGUUUGUUGUUUUUGUUUGGCUCGUGUCUAUCUGUGUUGAGUACUAAAAUGGUCGUGUUCCAGGGAUUGUUUCUUGGUAUUGUAUUCUAUUAACAUUGCAACUGCUGUAAUGGAAUUGCUUUCCAUUAGUUGGCAUCUUGUGCCAUCAGUUUACUUUGCUGGCAUUUAACAAAUACUUCAACCAAGAAGGAAUUGUGAACUCCAUAUUGAAUAUGUGUUACACACUUGUACUAAGACCACUGGAACACAGGUUAUCCUCAGUACCUCUUGUAGUGUACAAGAGGUACUGAGUGUACAGAGGCACAUAAUGGGCUCAGGGAGUGAACCCCAUAAAUGAAUUGUGGGGUUCAGUCCCUGAGCCCAUUAUAUGCCUCUGUAACCCUUUCCACUACCGCCCACAAAUUGGGUAUGGGGUGCAUAAUAAAUGAACUAAACUAACCUCUUGUAGUGUACUCAACAGCUCCUCUGUUAAGUACACACCCUCAUCAACCUCAUUAUAUUUUGUUGACCAAACCACACACUAGAAAGUGAAGACCGACGUUUUCGGUCCGUCUUGGACCAUUCUCAAGUCGAUUGUGUCAUUAGAUUUGACCUCUUUUUGCCAUUUAUUGAACUUUCUGAACUGAAUUAUAUAUAUAAAUGCGGAAUGUUCAAAUAUAUUAUCUGGGUUGAAUUUUGAUAGACUACGAGAAAUGUAAAGAAGGCAACUUGUGAUAUUUUUCUAAAUGUACAGCAUAUUCCUUCUAAUGAGUUGUUUAUGUCGAAAUGUGACCACAGCAGAUUGCAUAACUGGCCACAUUUAUAGGAGUUAUUAUUUCUCUGCCGGUAUGAUUCACCUAGAGUAAAUUGCCAGCGGCCAAGGUGUGCUUGAGUAACAUUUAAACAAGGUUAAUACAGUGUUACAUCACUGUCCCUUGCCCAGCCUUGUCUUGGGGCUAAACUCAUGCUAUAACAAAAAUAUAUUAAAAUAUUUCCUUGGAUAGUUGGAUAAACAUUAUACUGUACUGUAUUUUAUUAUAUUUAUUUGGAUUGACAGUCUAGGCGUUUAACCACCACACUGUGCAGAGUGCCAUGAGGCGCUCUGAAAGUUGUGCUAUUUUAUGCUUUUUUUAAUUAGGCUAUAUUAUAAUAUUUUCAUUAAUUUUUAUGUUUUGAAAUGAAUUGGUUGUGUUUGGAAACAUUCGGACAUUAACUUUACCUGAACAUUUAUAAAAAGAACCCAAAUAUGUCCUUAAGAAUUGCACUAUGAAGUUUUUGCCAAAACCAAGUGCGCAGUGCGGUAGUUAAUGAUUGAAGUGUUCAGUUGAAAUAUAGCAAUGCGGAUAAGUUUAUCCAGCAAUCUUGAUAAUUUUGUUGCAAUAUCACAGUGCAUAUCAGUUUGUCUCUUGUAGCGGUGUGGAUCCGUUUGCUCAGUAUAACAAUGUGGAUCAGUUUGUUCACCUAUAUGGAAGAGCAGUUAGAAUCCAAUUGCCAUCCAGAAUCAAAAGCAUUAUAUGACCAAUAUUUACAUAGUGAAUAAAUGUAUUUUUGUAUUUUUCAAGCACUGUCAUCUCUCUUUGUAGAGCUUCUGCUAUGUAUAUUGCAAACAAAAUCCCUUAAGAGGUGGAAUUUAUAUACAUAUAUAAAAUUAAAGUGGGAUAUUCGACAGUGUGGAAGAGUUGAAAGAGAAAGAGGAUGGGAGAAAUGUAAGGGUAAGAUAAAACUAUCAUAGAUAAGAACGAGAUAUAGAUAAAAGAAGAGAGUCAGAGAUGAUAUAUCAGGACAGAUGAAGGAGGGUAAAGAAGCCAGGCAGCUGGAGGGUUUGGGCCAGCACAGAUAAUCAGUCAUGAAAGGGGCAAAGAAGACGAAACUUAACAUAACUAGACAGUUAAAUGAUAAAAGCCAAAGGUAACUGUACAGAUGAAAGGGACAGAUAACCAAACAAAAUAGGGGAAUUCAACAUAACUACAAAGGCAAAGGGGAGGAAGUAAAGAUUAUCAAGGCACAAAUGAAGGGGGUGGAAUAUAUCUAGACAGAGGGGUGGAAAGAACAGAUGGAUGAAAGAAAGUAAAGUUAAAAGAUACAGAUGAAAAGGGCAAGAUUACCAGAGACGAGAGAGGGAAUGUACGUAAAGAUUGUAUAGCUAUUAGUUAGAAUAAAAGGUAUGUCUUGGAAGACAGAUGUUUAUAAGAUCAGGCAAUAAUCAGGAAUUAUCUCUAGUUUUGUGAGAACAUUAAACGACUCUCCUGCUUGAAGGGGGCAGUCUUCCCUUAAUAAAUACGUGCGAGCCAAAGAGCGGUUUAUUGUCACAUACUGGAGAAUGUAGGUAUAAUGCCCUAUAUUAAUAAAGGCUUGUGUGUGCUCGCAUAUAUAUUUAAAACGUUCAUCACAGAGUUUCAGGUACUUUAUAUUUUGUGUUCGUGGACUAUCUGUAAAAUAUAUUUCGUUAGUCUGUUUUAAUAUUGAAGCUGGCUGUGUAUUGUGAUUGUGGCACUAGCAUCCAAAUUUUUAACUUCAAAUAGAUACAGUACUGGCUAAAGUAAUUAAUUCUAAAGAAUAAAAUGUUAUAAGUUGCUACAUGUUGUCACAAUUAUCAUUUAUGGGUAAAAUUGUUUCAUCUUAAAUACUGUAAUCAGCAAAAAUUAUAUGAACGCAACAUUUUAUAUUGGAUCCGGAGAGUGAGUGACCCACAUGCUUUAGGUAAAUAUUGAUCUCUUAAUGUUAUAUAGCGGCAGUUGUUACCCGGUGCCCCUUCUAACACAACUGUCACUCAUGUGUAGUGUAACACGAGAGUGUAGCUGAUGACCUGUGUAACAGAUACAGUAUAUGUAGAGGAGAAUAACCCUUCUUGCUGUAAUUAUCAUAGAUGAAUGCAACAAUGUAUAGCUUGUCUUAGUGAUAGAUUGUCAGCAUAUUUAUUGUCUACAUUCUGUUGUGCAAUUGUGUGUGCAUGAAUUUAUUAAAAAAUACAAGAAGCAAACAGAUGGGUCACACCCACAGUACAGACCGACACCCCAAAAAUGCUGGGAUGAAUCACACACUGCCGUGUUCAGUAACUUUCACCCUAGUUUAGAGUACAGCGUAACAUCACUGAAAAAAAAUGAAAUGAAAGAUGUUAUUUUCCCUGCUACUAACAUGAUGUAUAGUAUGAAAUCAUUACUGAAAAUUAUAGAACACACAAGAUUUUUCCCAUAUAUCAGAAAGCAUUGUAUUCCAGACACUAGUUUGAAUAAUUUAAUUUGUGCAGGGACAAAGUCGCCAAAUAGUGCAGUGAUGUAUAUGAUAUGUAUCAACAGUUUUGUACUGAACAUUUGGACAUGUUAUUAUUACUUGUACCUUAGUAUACAUCACAAUGUAACUAUAUAUAUUUGAAACACUAGUAGUAUAUGGUACAGUAAUUGCCAUUGAAGAUCUUGUAAUCAUGCAUUGUAAUGAAAUACAGUAUAGUACGUAUUUGUAUAUAAUUGACUUUAUGUAAUAUAAUGGAGCAAGUCUUAUAUAUUGAAUUUCCAGAUAAGUGUACAAGACAUUCAUGAUAUGGCUUUGGCUAUACAGUAUAAUUAAAUCAUGUUGCGUUGGCAGGACAUCCACUAAACAGUGAUGUGCAUCCAGUCUUUGGAAGUUCUUUAUAAAGCAACCGUCCACUGUAUUUUUUGGCAUCACAGGAGUUUCAUGACAGUGUAGAGGCUAAGAUGAAGCCUCUGCAUUAUGUAGAAGAUGUAACAACACCCAACAAAGUCAUCAUAGUAAUAAAACAUAAGCUAAAUGCAAGAUGUAUACCUCACCUUUGUGUAACAGUAUACAUUGUAAUAAGGAUUUUGUUUCAGUAUCCCUGUGAAGCUUAAGGAAUCUAUAUAUACUGUAUCUAAAUAUAUAUAUAUAUAUACACCCCACACUGUAAUUGAUGUGUUCUCCAGUGACAUAUCAAUAAAUGUGAAGAUUUGC